ACUGAACGUCAGAAACGAAAGUGGCGCGGCCUGGACAAACCUGACCCUUCGACAUCCCCCGCCCCUGCGCCCGCCCUCGCUAAGCGGGGAGGGGCGACCGCUACAAUGGAUCCUCCCGCAGGCUUUGUGCGCGCUCGGAAUCCAGCUGUCGCCGCCCCGCAGAGCCCCCUGUCCCCGAAGGGCGCUCAUUUCCGGGCCGCCCACCACCCGCGUAGCACCGGCAGCCGCUGUCCCGGCAGUCUCCAGCCGUCCCGCCCGCUCGUGGCCAACUGGCUCCAGUCACUCCGCGAAAUGCCCGUCGACUUCACUGGGUACUGGAAGAUGUUGGCCAACGAGAAUUUCGAGGAGUACCUGCGCGCGCUGGACGUCAAUGUGGCCUUGCGCAAAAUCGCCAACUUGCUGAAGCCAGACAAAGAGAUCGUGCAGGACGGUGACCAUAUGAUCAUCCGCACGCUGAGCACUUUUAGGAACUACAUCAUGGACUUCCAGGUUGGGAAGGAGUUUGAGGAGGAUCUGACAGGCAUAGAUGACCGCAAGUGCAUGACAACAGUAAGCUGGGACGGAGACAAGCUCCAGUGUGUGCAGAAGGGCGAGAAGGAGGGGCGUGGCUGGACCCAGUGGAUCGAAGGUGACGAGCUGCACCUGGAGAUGAGAGUGGAAGGUGUGGUCUGCAAGCAAGUAUUCAAGAAGGUGCAGUGAGGCCCAGGCAGACAACCUUGUCCCAAGGAAUGAGCAGUGUGGAUGUGUGGGCCAGGAUCCCCCUCUUUGCACAGCAUGAGGCAAAAAUGUCCAGCCACCCCCAGGCAUCUGUUAGCAGAGUCUGUCUCUUGGCUUUGUCUCUUUUCCUUUUCUUAAAACAAAGCCAUGCCAAUAAAGUGAUCUGUGUUCAAAACGUC